AAGGAAGGAUAGAAUUUGGAUGGCUGAGACUGGAUUAUUUCUUGGGAGUAAGCUUCGCAUUGUUCAAUUUUUAGUUCGUUAAUUAGUUAACCGUCUUACAAAGAAGAGGAUGACCACCACUGCUACCACUACUGGCACCUUCUUGCCACCGACGGUAUGCGCUUUACAGAAUCAUCAUUCAUCAAAAUACGCUAACUUAGUGGUAUCUCUGCAUCGCAAUACCUUUGGAUUUCGAUUUGGAAAUACAAGAUUACGGUCAACACCUUCCCAUAGGCGUGUGGUGGUUGCGGUGACUCAAGGAUCAGCAGAGUCCAACAAAUCCGACGAAAAUAUUCCUUCGUGGGCAAAGCCAGAUUCCGAUGAGCCUCCGCCAUGGGCUCGUAAUGAAGCUAGCGCAUCUUCUUCUUUGCAGCAAGGAUUUCAAGUUCCAUUCUUCAUUUACUUGCUUGCCUCUGCUAUAACUGCUAUUGCCGCAGGCAUUUCUAUGGUACAAAUCUGUUCAAGCUGCUAACAAAGAAGCAGAAGAACAAGACAAGAGGGAUGGGUUUUUUUAGUAAAGGAAGAUAUAAAUAGGGGAAUGAGAUGUUUGCGUUAAAUACCAAAGUAAAUGUAAGCAUAAAACUUAAUGCCACCGCCUUUAAACAUAUAAAUUGUAUACAUAUUAUUUGAGUGGUUCUUUGAGUAUAUAUAAAUGUUUUUUUAUUUUUUUCAAAAGUAUUAGGUGUUUAAG